AUGCCGGAGACCGGAGUGGAGCCCCCCGCCGCCUCGCAGCCGCCGCCUCCUGCCUCGGAGCCCAAGGAGUCUCCCUUCUCCAUCAAGAGCUUGCUCCAUGGGGGCCCCCCGAAGGCGCCGCCCAAGCCCCCCCGGGCCCUCUUCCCUCCCGCCUCGCUGCCCAAGGGGGCGCUGGAGGGGGCCGCCGCCGCCGCUGCCUUCGCCUUGGCCCCGCUGGCCGAGCUGGCCUUCCCCCGCUUCGAGAUCCCCCCCGCCGCCCAGAGGUUCGCCCUCCCGGCAGCCCACUACCUCGAGAGGAGCCCCGCCGCCUGGUGGUACCCCUACAGCCUCGCCCCCGGAGGAGGAACGGGAGCAGGAGCCGGGACAGGAGCAGGACACCUCCCCAGGCACGAAGUGUCCUUGGAGCGUUCCCUGCUGAGGGUCUCUUCUUCCUCCUCGCCUUCCUCGGGGGGCCCGGCGGGGGACUCUCCGGAGGCGGCCUUGUCGAAGGCGGAGCGGGAGGCCCAGGAGCUGGACUCGCGGAGCCCCGAGGAGAUCGUGCUGGAGGAGAGCGACUCGGAGCCCGAGGGGCCCAAGAAGGACGAGGCCGAGGAGGCGGCGGCGGCGGCGGCGGGGAGCGGCGGGGAGGACUGGCCCAGGCGGGGCUCGCAGGCGGGGGUGCCCUCGGGGCUGGCGGGGGCCGAGGAGGGGCCCGAGGAGGAGGAGGAGGAGGCCAAGAAGCCGCCCUGCCGGAAGAAGAAGACCCGCACGGUCUUCUCGCGGAGCCAGGUCUUCCAGCUGGAGUCCACCUUCGACCUGAAGCGCUACCUGAGCAGCUCCGAGAGGGCCGGCCUGGCCGCCUCCCUCCACCUGACCGAGACCCAGGUCAAGAUCUGGUUCCAGAACCGGCGCAACAAGUGGAAGAGGCAGCUGGCCGCUGAGCUGGAGGCCGCCAACCUCAGCCACGCCGCCGCCCAGCGCAUCGUCCGCGUUCCCAUCCUCUACCACGAGGGCAGCGGGCCCGACGGAGCCGGAGCCGGAGCCACGGGGGCCGGGCCCGGAGCGGGAGGGUCCUCGGGGGCCGGAGGGGGGCCCACCCCGGUCAGCCAGCCCUUGCUCACCUUCCCGCACCCGGUCUACUACUCCCACCCGGUGGGGCUCCUCCGGCCCGUCUGAGGGCAAGCCCCCCGCCCUGGACCCACGGAGGAGAGCGAGAGAGAGAGAGAAAGAAGGGGGCCAGGGUCAGGACCG